UCCAACCUUGACACACAGAGUCAGCGUUCGCAGUACUAGAGCCAGCGUGCACACACAUGGGUGUGGCUCAGUCACGAUUUCGCAGGACGACGGACAAGCUGAAUCGCAACGUCACGAUGACGCACCCGCAGAUCAAUCGCACGUACUUUACAUAAGCCGGGCAUGAACAAAAGACGAAAUACAAUAGCUGGUGAAGCGACGUUCCUUGCGACAUGUAUAUAUAUUUAUAUUUAUAUUUAGACAUAUAUGAGUGAAGUGAGCGACGAGUAUAUUAACAUUGAGAAGCCCAGGUGAGGACAGCAUACAAACACCGGGGAAUUUACUAAGCUGAACCUGAAGGGAGAGUCGGCGUUGGUCCAGCUAUUGUUGGAACACUUAAUUCAGACUUUGUUAAACACAAAUAAACAUCAUGUGUUUAGUUACGACAACGUGAUACCGGUUUAACGGAUACAUUAUUGCAUAUAUGCGACUGUCAAGGUGUGUGAGCGCGUGUUCGUAACGAGAGCUUCAGAAGUAUUUACCCACCAGGGUCACGGUUGAAAUAGAUGUAUUGACAGGUACAUGUAUACGCCAAGAUUCAGUAACAUAUUUGACCGUUCGCCGGCUUCAGUUAAGCACACAUGUACCAUAUACAGAGGAGAGACCUGAGCAAACACUCCAUCAAAAAUAGCGUGGUUUAAUAUAAGACGCUGCAUUUACCGAGUACAUUCCCACCACUGGCACGACUGCACGGAGUUUUGAAGAAAAAGAGACAGCGGGUGGUCCCAUUUCUUACGGAAAUCUGGUGCUGGUACACGAAACAAUAUUGAUGCCACGGAGAAGGCCAAGUGAACAGAGAACCUCCAUAUCUUUUGAAAUAAUACAGACAUACAGAAUCCGACCGGUCCUCGGAACAGUUGUGUGAGGUUAAAGCAGUUAAGAUACAUGUCGACACCACCUAAUUGAUGCUAAAAUGAUGGAGUAUUAAAUAAGAUAAGCAAUCUUUAAAAAGCUCAAAAUCAAAGGCACAAUACUAAGAAACCCGAGACACAGUGGUGAAACAAAUACUCCUAGUUUGAAAUACGUUACUGGUAACUCUCAGGAAAGGAGUGACAAAAGUCAGGAAACGACAGGGACAACCUUUAAAAAAAUCCCCACCAAAACAGUGACUUUAUCAGCGAGCUCAAAAACUAACUGGCUUUUCAUUUAAUAUCACACCCAGGUGCCAGUUACAUGCAAUAGGGUGUUGUCGCAUAUCUGCCUCUAUAACAAGACAUAAAUAGAAGAAAAAAUAAUCGAUAGAGCGACAACGAGAAGUCACAUUGCUAGCUUCGUCGCAUGAGCAUUUAGGAUUAGUACAAUUGUAUUUAUAUAGAAAUUUUAUAUACAAUGGCGAUAGCACGUAGUAUGGGCAGUGGCAAUAGGAAUGUUUUUGCCUUUUGUGUAUUUAUUGCGUUUCUGGGGAUUGUGACUCCGGUAGAUGUGAAAGAUGGAGAGGAGGAAGGUUUCAUCUUUGUAAAACCCGCCAUCGACAAACCACUGGAUAAAGAUGCCACAGACGCUGAGAUAUACCCAGAGGAGUUAACGGUGACCCUCAACGACAGUGUGACGUUGCAUCUGACGAAAAACACGGUCACUGACGUCAAUGUGCCUGUCUACGUCAUCAAAGAUGGCGCCGUGGAGAGGUUAAGCGUACCCAAAAUGAAGGACUUGUCGUUCUACCAGGAUAAACAAUACAUGGCGUCCCUUUCUGUAUCCAAGGCAGUUACUAAAGACGGACAAAUCAAGAGGAAACUGGAAGGGCAUUUUGUAUUGAACAAACACGAGUACGUGCUCUCACCCGCAAAUGAAGAGGAGGCACGCGAAAAACGAAGUGUGGAUGAUGACGUCAGCGCGUGGCACGUGAUGCGACGGAUCCAAUCCACAGCGUUGUCUUCAUUUAUUGGAGAUACAUCUCGUGAUAAAAUAUCGCAGAAAAUUAAAAGAAAGACUCAAGAUAAAACAACUCGGUUUAAGCGAGCCGUUCAGAGGCUGGGUGUGGAAUUGUUGAUGGUCAUAGACUUCAGCGUUUACAACAGGUUCUAUCAGACAAGUACUGCCACCACAAACGAAGGGAAGCAAACAGACUCCAUCAACAGGAUCAGAUACUAUUUCGCCCAUAUUGCAAACGGGAUUGACGUCCGCUACGAAAACAUUGUCGAUCCAGCUUUUAGCAUUUACGUCAGGCUCGUGGGCUUCUUCGUUGCACAGGACGCGGCGUCUUCUCUUUUCACCGAGCCGUUUAAGGAAGCAGCGUCUCCACGUUAUCUGGUGGACGCUUCCUUGGGGCUGAACAACUUCACAGACUGGGUGGCUGCUAAGGGAGAUGCCCUGCCCCCACACGACCACGCUAUGUUGUUUACAAAUUAUGACUUGUACAAUGGAAUUAACCCAGAUACCGGCGAGAAGAAAACGUCAGUAGCAGGUGUCGCCACUCUCAGUGGCAUCUGUACAAGAGGGCACUGUUCCAUUAAUGAAGAUCAUGGUGGUUUCAAAAGCAUAGGUGUUGCUGCACAUGAACUUGGACACAAUUUGGGUGCCUAUCACGAUGGAGAUGGCAACACAUGCCGAGAAGCGGACCAGUAUAUCAUGGCGGCUGUGGCAGCCAGCACAACAUCAGCCAAUCAUUAUAAUCCUUACAACUUCUCAACAUGCUCCGUAGACUACUUUCGAAAUUUGAUAAAUGAUCUAAAUAGUGAUAGCAACAACUGCAUGGUCAACGAGGCUAGUUAUUUCAACGCCACAGAAUGGGAGGUGUACCAAAGGACCAAUCCUGGUCAAAGACUGACCCCCCAUGACCAGUGUCGUGAAGUGUAUGGGGCACAGUCCUACUAUUGUGGGGGGGCAGCCAGUGAUGCAGAGAUAUGUGUGUCUAUGUACUGUUAUGAUCCAAACCGGGGUUCCUGCUUCUCAAUGGGAAGUACUGGCGCCGCCAGGGGGACUUCAUGUGGCAACCACAAGUGGUGCAUUGAGGGGGUGUGUACUUAUAACAGUAGUGCUCCUGCUGCCCCAGACACCUGUACAUUUGGUGACUAUGUUGGAGCUGUAUACGCUGGGGACAGCAGGACAUGUGCCCAGUUUAAAGCCGAAAAUGCCACCUCCCAAUGUUAUAAUGAUUAUUUUAGAAACAGAUGUUGCGAAUUCUGUGCAAGUAUUUUCAAUUCGGCUGCAACAGGUUGUGAGUAUGGAGACAGGCAAGGCAACUGCCAGAGUUUACUAAGCAAUGGAAUAUGUUACUCGUUCAGCUGGGUCAACUCCACCUGCUGUAAAACAUGCCAGGAGGCAUAUACCGGUAUAUCAGGAUGUGAAUAUGGAGAUAGGGCAUCAGCGUGCUCAACACUGACAGCUGCUCAAUGUUAUCCUAAUGACAUUACCUGCUGUAACCACUGCAGACAAUUUUACACAGGAAACCCAGAAUGUAAGUAUGGAGACAGGGAAUCCUGGUGCGCGAGAAAUGUCUGCGCAUUCGAAGCUAACAGGGCAUCUUGUUGUUGGACUUGUGCUCCAGAACUAGGUAUAACAUUCCCAACAACAACUACUGAAUCCGCAACAACCACUGCAGCAGUUACAACUGUUACAGUAUCAUCCUCGACAGUGACAGGAACAACACAGGCAGCAACUGUGACAACAACAACAACAUCACCAACCGUAUCCACAACAGUCACUCCAACAGUUUCCAUGACAACACCAGAUAGUACCACCCCAUCUUCUGUGACUGGUUUCACGGAUGCAGAGAUAGCAGAAUUGGUUGCCUUGCACAAUUACUACAGGAAGAAUGUAAAUCCUGGCCCCGCAGCCAACAUGAGGUCCAUGGUAUGGGAUCCAGAGUUGGCCAGACUUAUGAGCGCCCCAUGGGCAAACACCUGUGCAAACGCACACGGAAACCCAAACAAAACUGGGACAAUAUUUGAAGGGAAAUCUCUGGGCCAGAAUCUGUAUGCAUACUCUGCCAAGCCCACUGUUCAACAGAUAGUGGAUGCCUGGCACAGUGAAGUGUCUUACUAUACUUAUUCCUCUAGAAGUUGUUCUUAUGUCUGCGGCCAUUACACACAGGUUGUAUGGGACACCAGUUACAGACUUGGCUGUGCUAUUGCCUACUGUCCUUUGAGUGUCUACAAAUACCAAGUGACUUGUGACUAUUAUGAACCAGGAAAUUAUGGCGGCCAGCAUCCAUAUGACUUGGGAACAGCCUGCAGUGGGUGUUUGACUGACAAAUAUAACAAAGAAAUAUGUGCUGAUGGUUUGUGUGUAACACAAUAUGAGUGCAUGCAAAACACAUCUCUUAACUGUGCCUCCUGCAGUAGUAUAUUAGAGUGUCAAAAUUCUGGCAGAUAUGAUUAUGACACGUGCUCUUGUGAAUGUGCAAACCUCUUCUAUGGCCCUACAUGUCAAUACUUGAACUGCAGUGCUUUGGGCAACAAUGGAGAGGAUGUCUAUCCUUCACAAUGUGCUACUUGGGCUGCAAACAACCAGUGUGAUUUUACUGCCACUGGAACUGGAACUUUGGUCAAAUAUGCAUGGUGUCCUAAAGCUUGUGGGGUGACAUGUUCUAGUCCUCCAGUUGAAACAACCAGCACUACCAUUCCAUCUUCAGCAACAACCUCAAGUACAGCUUCGACAAGUAUGAGCACGGCAACAACUACAACUCUUGCACCUACAACUACAACCACUGUUGCCAUGACAACCUCAGAGGGUCCCACCCCAUCUUCUGUGACUGGUUUCACGGAUGCAGAGAUAGCAGAAUUGGUUGCCUUGCACAAUUACUACAGGAAGAAUGUAAAUCCUGGCCCUGCAGCCAACAUGAGGUCCAUGGUAUGGGAUCCAGAGUUGGCCAGACUUAUGAGCGCCCCAUGGGCAAACACCUGUGCAAACGCACACGGAAACCCAAACAAAACUGGGACGAUAUUUGAAGGGAAAUCUCUGGGCCAGAAUCUGUAUGCAUACUCUGCCAAGCCCACUGUUCAACAGAUAGUGGAUGCCUGGCACAGUGAAGUGUCUUACUAUACUUAUUCCUCCAGAAGUUGUUCUUAUGUCUGCGGCCAUUACACACAGGUUGUAUGGGACACCAGCUACAGACUUGGCUGUGCUAUUGCCUACUGUCCUUUGAGUGUCUACAAAUACCAAGUGACUUGUGACUAUUAUGAACCAGGAAAUUAUGGCGGCCAGCAUCCAUAUGACUUGGGAACAGCCUGCAGUGGGUGUUUGACUGACAAAUAUAACAAAGAAAUAUGUGCUGAUGGUUUGUGUGUAACACAAUAUGAGUGCAUGCAAAACACAUCUCUUAACUGUGCCUCCUGCAGUAGUAUAUUAGAGUGUCAAAAUUCCGGCAGAUAUGAUUUUGACACGUGCUCCUGUGAAUGCGGAAACAUCUUCUAUGGCCCUACAUGUCAAUACCUGAACUGCAGUGCUUUGGGCAACAAUGGAGAGGAUGUCUAUCCUUCACAAUGUGCUUCUUGGGCUGCAAACAACCAGUGUGAUGUUACUGCCACUGGAACUGGAACUUUGGUCAAAUAUGCAUGGUGUCCAAAAGCUUGUGGGGUGACAUGUUCUAGUCCUCCAGCAACAACAGUGUCACCAACCACAGCAGCUCCAACCACAGCAGCUAGAACCACAACCACAGCAGCUCCAACUACAACCACAGCAGCUCCAACCACAACCACAGCAGCUCCAAUCACAACCACAGCAGCUCCAACCACGACCACAACNACUGUGGUAGUGGUUGCAGCUCCAACUACAACCACUACCACAGUAGCUCCAAUUACAACCACAACAGCACCAACCACAACCACAGCAGCUCCAACCACUACAACAGAGACAACACCAGCAGCACCAAUCACAACCACAGAGACCACUGCAGCUCCAACCACUACAUCACAAACAACACUGAAAACCACCACUGUGGCACCCUCAACGACCACAAGCUUGACAACCACCACCACAGCCAGGGCGCUAGUCACCACCAGAGUGUAUGUGUUUGCGCGGGUGCGUAUCACGGCCCUUAACAGCCAGCCUGCUAUUUUUAGCCCAGAAUUGGAAACCCCAACCAGCCCAACCUUCAUACAACUGGAGCUGACCGUGUGUCAGGUUAUUGUGAGGAGUUACAGGGGGACCCCCUUCGAAGCCAAAGUGCGUUGUAGAGUAAGGAGGUUUAUAUUAGGGAGUAUCAUAGCAGACGUACAGCUCACCUUUGACAACCAGACUGAGCCAGUGGUGAAUACCACCCAAGUACAGGAAACCCUCACCCAAGGUUUGCAGAACAGCCCUAAUGUUACUGUCGACACGGUUACUGUCACCGAUUUCGAUGAGUGUAACUCUACUGAUACUAAUGACUGUUCACUCUACGCCCAGUGUACCAACCUGGAUGGUGGCUAUACAUGCCAGUGUAACAUCAAUUACAGGGACAACUCAGCAAAUGUUGGGUUCUUCCCUGGACGAGCCUGCGGCCAAGUCUGUCGGACAGACUUGUGCUUAAAUGGAGGAGUGUGCAUGGAAUCGAGCGACGGCCUCGCCAUGUGUAACUGCCCCGUUAAUUUUAGCGGGAGUCGCUGUGAAAAUCAACUGUCCACAGACUGGGAGGAAAUGGUGAUAAUUUUAUCAAUCAUGAUCGGUCUUCUAAUCGUUUUGAUUGUCAUCACUGCAAUUGUCUGCUGUAUUUUAAAGAGACGUUCAACAGAUACAAAGAAACACAAAAGACGUCGUACCUACAGCAGUUCCACAGUGAGUAACUCCGAUGUGGUACGCCAGUAUAUCAGCCAUACGGCAGUCCCAGAUCCAUAUCUGGCCACAGCCCACAAUCCCUACAUGUCUAACGGAAGCUAUGGACGUUCCAUACGCUCUAUAGCAGUACCUGGGUUGCCUGAUGUUUUCCAUCAUGGUGGAAGCAGUAAACGGUCAUCUGCUCGCGAUAAGCAUAAUGCAAGGGAGUUUAAUCGUCAGAGAUCACUGUUCAGGGCCAAGGACACACCAUAUUACGAGUAUGUUGAUUAUGCUGCAUUCGCUGACUGGCCCCCUCAACGGUCCUUCAGACCAAGCAGCCAAGACAGGACAAGUAGAUACGACUCACAGAAAUACCUCAGACCAAUGUAUUAAAACUUGUUAU